ACGUAAGCACCUGUCAUAUGCAACGUCGUCGUAACACUGAACAUGACAUCACGCAGGUUCCGACCCUGCCCCCCUCCGGCGGUGUGUUCGGGUGACGUCAGUGUUGUUGGAAUAAAACAGCCCUGCCUCUUGCGGGGAUAUUGUCAUUCAGACAAGGUAUAUCUCCAAAGCUAGAAGUGACCGCUGCAGCAAGUGCGUGUGGAUGUGUGGGACCGAGGCGGCAUUUUAAUCUUAUUACUGAGGGCUGUACCACCGCAGCCUUUGCAUGGUCCACAACGCGGAGACUGUUCGCCACCUGCCCAAAAUGUCAAGGCAUCACAGAACCCCUUCGAGAAAUGCAAACAACAUUAUCGAGGUCAAAAGCAAAUUUGAUGCGGAGUUCCGAAGGUUUGCCCUGAAGCGUUCGAGCGUGGGAGGGUUCCAGGAAUUCUACCGGCUGAUUCAGUCGGUCCAUCAGAUUCCUAGUGUGGACUUGCUAAUGGGAUAUACAGACAUCCAUGGGGAUUUACUGCCAAUCAACAAUGACGACAACUACCACAAAGCCCUGUCCUCUGCCAACCCGCUGCUUAGGAUCAUCAUCCAGAAGAGAGCGGAAGCCGACACUGGGGUUUUCGCCACCAACUCCCUGCAGCGCAGGAAGAAGGGGCUCCACGGGUUGCGGCCGGUGCACAAGUCCAAGCCGCACCUCCUGAUCGGGCUCCCACAGGACUUCCGGCAGAUCUCCUCCAUCAUCGACGUGGACAUCCUGCCCGAGACCCACCGGCGCGUGCGUCUGCACAAGCAUGGCUCGGACAAGCCCCUUGGCUUCUACAUCCGCGAUGGGCUGAGCAUGCGGGUGACCCCCCAGGGAGUGGAGAAGGUGCCGGGGGUGUUCAUUUCUCGGCUGGUGCGCGGCGGGCUGGCGGAGAGCACGGGGCUGCUGGCGGUCAACGACGAGAUCUUGGAGGUGAACGGCAUCGACGUAGUGGGCAAGUCCCUGGACCAGGUGACGGACAUGAUGGUGGCCAACAGCCACAACCUCAUUGUGACGGUCAAGCCGGCCAACCAGCGGAACAACGUGGUCCGGAGCAGCAAGGGCUUCUCCAACAACAGCACCCCCAGCCCGGUCUCGCACUACAUCAGCAACUACAGCACGGCUGAGGGGGAGAGUGAUGACGAGGGAGACCUGAUCAUCGAGAGCGACGGCCUGCCCCCCUACUUGCACACCGGCUUCGUCAACGGGGACCACCCGGGCGUACUGCGCAGCUUCCAGCAGAGCACCUCCCUGCACAGCUCGCUGUCUGACAGCAAGGCCUCGCUCAGCUCCACAAACACUCACAACGGCAGCCCCGGCAAGGUCAACACGAGCCGGGAGAGCAUGCGGGAGGACGGCAACGUCAUCACGCUAUAACGCUUGCGGACGCAGCCUGCCUUUCUUUUAUUCUUUCUUUGUUUCUUCCUUCCGUCGCCACCUCCUCCGCUGCCGGGGACUGCCGAUUCCCUACAUGCUGCUGGGACACGCUCUUUCCCGGGUAACCUUUGGGAGGCUGACUCAGUUUGGAGAUGAGGGAAAGAGUGCUGCUUCCUGGAAUCUGGCGGUGGAGGUGUGUGGAGGGGGUGCACUGUUACAAGCUCUCCUUCAGAGGUCUGAUUCGGAAUAUAAAUCUGGAGCGUUAACGAAUAACACUGGGGGAAAAAAACAGAAAGCACUGGAAGAGUCUGCUUCUUAGGAGGGUUGAUCUGGGCUGUUAAUGAAGUACCCCCUCCAGGAAUGUUAAGUAAAUAGGGGGCGCUCUGUCCUUCUCGGGUAUUAUGGAGGGUAUAACUAGAUGUCUCCUUUUGAGAAGCCAUGCACAUUAUGUUUGUAUUUGGUUCUUCUGUCCCAAUUUAUUUGCUUGAUUACUGUGCACAUGUGACUACAGACUAGAGGACCUGGCUUACAACCAUUGCUUAGCCUGUGUUAUGUACUUUAGGUUUCCAGAUCCUGUAUCGCACUGGGGAUCUUCUGCUGCAGGGCUGGUACUGUGGAAAUGGGAUUAAGCUAAUGCAGCUGACCUAUUUCAUUGUGCGACUCCCUAAAUAAUAAUCAUAAAAAUGCUGAUGCGUUUAUUUUAUUUCCUAAUCGCACAGAAAAGGUAAAUAGUUCAAAUACAGAACACCACCUCAGUAAAAAAAUAAAAAAAUAAAAGUAGAAACAUGCAUGUACAGCAAAAAAUAUAAAAUAAAAUAAACAGGUAUUUUGGUUUUGAG